AUGACGGCUAUCAUGUUGCUGACUGACCCGGAGGUGGAGAGCAGUCUGUUGAUCAGCUCCGACGAAGGCGCCACCUACCAGAAGUACCGCCUCAGCUUCUACAUCCUCAGCCUGUUGUUCCACCCGGAGCAGGAGGACUGGAUCCUGGCCUAUAGCCACGAGCAGAAGCUCUACAGCUCGGUGGAGUUCGGGCGGAGGUGGCAGUUGGUGCAUGAGCGGGUGGCGCCCAACCGCUUCUAUUGGUCUAAACUGGGUUUGGACAAAGAACCAGGUUUAAUUCACCUGGAAACCAGCAUCUCAGAAGGACAAGCGCUGUAUGUCACCUGCCGCCUGCAGAACUGCACCGACGCCAACAAGGCCAAACCAUUCCCUGGCUACAUUGACCCCAAUUCUCUGGUGGUGCAGGACGAGUAUGUGUUUGUCCAGGUGUCGACUGCAGGGAGACCAAUAUAUUAUGUAUCUGCCAAGAGAGACGUGUUUACACCAAUGAAGCUGCCCAAGUACACCUUACCUAAGGACUUACAUGUGAUCAGCACAGAUGAAAACCGUGUGGUUGCAGCUGUGCAGGAGUGGAACCAGAAUGAAACCUAUAACCUUUACGUGUCGGACACAUCGGGCGUCUUCUACACUCUGGCCCUGGAGAACGUGGUCAGCAGUAUGGGUGUGGAGGGGAACGUCAUGGUCGACCUGUAUGAGGUGGCAGGAAUCAAAGGCAUGUUCUUGGCCAACAAAAAGACGGACAACCAAGUGAAGACGCACAUCACCUACAACAGAGGACGAGACUGGAGACUCCUGCAGGCGCCCAGCAAAGACCUGCACGGCAACGCUGUCCACUGUCUCCUGCCGUACUGUUCAUUACAUCUACAUCUGCACGUGUCCGCCAACCCCUACACAUCUGGAAACAUCGCCAGCAGAGAGUCAGCGCCAGGGAUCAUAGUGGCAUCAGGCUCCAUUGGCUCAGAGCUGACCACCACCAACGUCAGUGUGUUCAUCACCUCGGAUGCAGGAAACACAUGGAGACAGAUCUUCAAUGAGGAGUAUGCGGUUCUGUUUCUGGAUCAGGGCGGAGCCUUAGUGUCCAUCCGACACACUCCACUGUCCAUCCGACACCUGUGGUUGAGCUUCGAUGAAGGUCGUCAGUGGAACAAAUUCAGCUUCACCAACACACCUCUGUUUGUGGACGGAGUCCUGGGGGAGCCGGGGGAGGAGACGCUCAUUAUGACGAUCUUCGGACACGUCAGUCAUCGCUCCGAGUGGCAGUUGGUGAAAAUAGACUUUAGGUCCAUCUUCAACCGCAGAUGUACGGAGGAGGAUUAUCAGACCUGGCACCUCCACAACCAAGGGGAACCGUGUCUCAUGGGAGUCAAAAGAAUCUAUCGCAAACUGAAGCCUACGUCCAGGUGCGUUAUGGGAAAGUCCUACUCUGUCUCCAUGACGACGGGACCCUGUGAAUGCACAGAGGCCGACUUCGAAUGUGACUACGGUUACGAGAGGCGGAGCAACGGCAGAUGUAGCCAUGCCUUCUGGUUCCAUCCGUCGUCCAUGUCCAGGAGCUGCACCACAGGGAUGACGUUCCUGAACAGCACCGGUUACCGUAAAGUGGUGUCUAAUAACUGCACGGCUGGAGUCAGUACUGAGUACACAGCCCGGAGGCAGCAGUGUCCCAGUCAGGCCCCCAGAGGCCUCCACCUGGUCACCAGUGAGGGCACCCUGAGCACGCUGGGACUGAACGGCACCUUCCUGGUGUUCUGGAGGAGGGGGGACGGCGCCAGGACCAGCAUCACCCUGGACUUCGGCGACGGCCACGCCCUCACCUACUCCAACGUCAGCUCCAUCGAGGACGCAUCAAACACAUCUACAAAGGCGGUGGGCAUCUACAGGGUCAGCGCGUGGGGGAGAAUGGCUGGGCUCGGAGGACCGCCACGGCUCUACCUCCACGUCAUAUGUCAGCUGGAGUAUAUCCAUCUGUCGGCUCCCUUUGUGGCGCUCAGGAAUAAGGAAGUGAACCUGACGGCGGUGCUGUGGCCCAGCCAAGUGGGAACGGUCACCUACAUCUGGUGGAUUGGAAAUAACACCGAGCCACUGAUCACCCGAGGAAGUGUGUCCUGUACGUUCUAGGAAGGCGUCAAUACGGUGACGGUGCAGGUGUCUGCAGGGAGCAGCAUCAUGCAGGACCGCAAGACCAUCGCAGUCCACGAAUAUUUCAGAUCUCAUCUUCUCGCCUUUUCAUCAAAUCUGGACGAACACAACCCCGACGUUCCGGAAUGGAGGCUGGACGUGAGCCGAGUCAUCAAGAACUCCCUGAUCCAGGCUACAAGUGUGAGGGAGGAUCAGCUUCUGGUCACCGUCCUCCCAGGUUUACCCACGGCCGCCGAGUUCUUCCUCCUGCCUGACAAACAGCUGACCGACGGCAAAGCAGACAAGACUGCAGCGCAUUUAGAACAGCUCUCAGAGGUUCUACUCAACGCCUUAAAUCAGAACCUGGUGCAGUUCACGUUGCGGCCCGGAGUCCAGGUCACGGUGUACGCCGCCCAUUUAUCAGCAGCGCCCCUGGACACCAGUCAGACCCACAGCGGCUCUGCCAUGCUCAUGCUCCUCUCGGUGGUGGUCGUGGGUUUAGCCGUGUUUGUCGUCUACAAAUUCAAGAGGAAGAUCCCAGGCCUCAACGUCUAUGCGCAGAUGCAGAACGAAAAAGAACAAGAAAUGAUGAGUCCGGCGGAUCCAACGGUGGCCACGCCCCCCAGCUCACAGCGGGACCUGGUUCAUUCUUUGGAGAUUCUGGACGCAGAGUCGACUUCGCAGCCCAUCGGAUGUUUGAAACCUCAUGUACACGUGCAGUUUUCUGCAGAACUUCCCUCAUACGUGGUCUGAUCUGUGGACUGGGUCACCAGCACCGGGUCACCAGCACCGGCCGCUCCAGAUGCAUCAUGGAUGUUUUUGUACCAUUUGGGACUGGAUGGUUUGAAGCUUUAUAACCUGUGCAUGUUCGGACCCACUGACUCUGUUUCAACUGGACAGGUUCUGCUUUUCCCCUCAACUUUAAUGGGUCUGAGAAAAACCCCUUAACUUAUCAGAGUCCGACCCUCAUCCAGAAGGAUCUCCAGCAUGACCCUGUUCAGCAGGACCAGGACCCCCCUGUUCAGCAGGACCAGGACCACCCUGUUGACCAGGACCAGGACCCCCCUGUUCAGGGUUUGGAUCAGCUGUUCGAUGCUAACGCUAACAGCGCUAGGCUCUUAUUUCUUCAUCUGAAUAGACUUUUAUUACGCAUCUUAUUGAGGUCACUUCCCAUUUAUUUAGUAAAUACGCUCCAAACCUGUGUU